AGGUGUCAGAUAUAAUGCACUCGCUGUUUGGAUGUUAUAAAGAGUCUACUCUACCACUAUUUGAAAGGUUGAUACACGACUUUCAUGCAUUACUGGUAAGUUUUUAUACGAAAUAACUAGACUCCUAUAACUAAUAAAUCGAAUCAGGGAUGGGGACCGAGCUUAUGGGUGGGUUUUGGGAUCUUGGAUUCUAGUUUUGUUAAACAACCAUUUUAGCUGCUGGUUUACUACCAUGUUCUUCACGAUAGUGCUUUGUGAAACCACCUAUAUUUGUGAAACCCACCUAUAUUUGUGAAACCCACCUAUAUAUUUGUGAAACCCACCUAUAUUUGUGAAACCCACCUAUAUUUGCGAAACCCACCUAUAUUUGCGAAACCCACCUAACCAAUUGUGUAACAUCUUUUAGCAUACGAAUUCAGCGACAGACAGACAAUGGUCAUUAUGUAUAUUCGAUGAUCUCAUAGAACAUGCUGGUCCUGUAAGUGAAUGUUUGGCUGCGUCUGACUGUUGACUGAUCAGUUGAUCGAUCGAUAAUUUUUUCCAGAUUCUACUGUAAAUCUAGGAAUUAUUAUUCUCCAUGUAUAAGAUCUUAUGUAUUCACAAAAUGCAUUAUUAUUUUGCCACUCCACUCGACUUCCAUAUAGUUUACAGUAUAUCUAGGUUACUCUAUAAAGCAUGUUGUUCAAAGGCCUGCAUGGGGAUCCCUUAUUGGACAUUCUCUGUGACCUGUCCUGGCUUAGUUCUCCAUCCGCGCGUUGUAACUCACUAAAAUAUUUGUAUUUAAUAAGUUAUUGGGAUUAUAUACGGUUGGAGUUGGGGUCAGGAUCAUAUUAUAUGAUUUAUUGAUAUAAAAAAUAACUUGCGUAACUUUACAAAGAAUGACUGACUGAGCAACAAAAAUUAUAUGUAACCAAUUUUGUUCCUAAAAUAGUUAUAACUAUUAUCUUAGGUAAUAAAUCUUAAUUGAAACAUCAACUAUGUACAUGUAGCUCAUAUGGUUUAUAGUCUGAAAUUGGAAAUAUUUUAAAAACGAUGAGUGAAAUUACAAACCUAGUAUUGUAAGUUAUCACAAUUGUUAGACGUUGAAACCAAUAGUCUUUAUGGGCGUAAAAUUUGCGUAUCGUUUAGAUGUUUUGGUAUAGGUUGAUGUUAGUUAUGGCUAUAUUUGAUUCAAUUUGUAGGUUUCGUUCAAAUAUAAAGACUAUUUCCUCAGACAGAUGUUGGAUUCUAUUGUACAUAGGACUACUGACGUAAGACAGGUGCGGAUUUUUUAUUUGAAAGAGGUAUCUAUAUUGACAGCAUCUCGUCACUCUAACUGCAGUCUUGUACCGUCUUCUUUGACAUCGCGUUUCAUUCAGUAUAUGAGUAGACCAUGCAGUGUGUUUUUUAAGGAGUACAUUUUUAUGGAUUCAUUUAAUAGACAGACCGGUUAUAUACCAAACUUUAUUUAAGACUAGAAAGCUUUCCGAUAUGCCAUGUAAAAAUAUGAUUGUAUUGUGGUUCACACCCAUAAAGAUUUAUAUAAACUUUUUAUCCAGGCUGCGUCGUAUGGUAUUGGUGUUAUGGCUCAAUUUGGCGGAAAAGAUUACGCUCCAACAUUUUUAGGUAAUUAUAAACAAGUAUACAGUACAAUAACUCAAUAAGCCGAAUUUAAAUGACAUAAACUAGCUAGCCUGAGUAAUUUACCUGGAUUAGUGAACGCUUUUAGCUGGUAGAGGACUGGAAAUUAUAGUUUAUAUACCGAAUAUCGUAAACAUACUCGUUUAUAUCAAUUCAGCAUCGAACAAUAACAAAGAAUAUCAGGUUAUAAGAAAGAAUAUCGAACCUUCCUUCAAUUGUUUCGUAAAUCACGUAGAGAUCUGAACUGCGAUGUUAUUGUUCUUUUAGAGGCUCUCCCACUUCUCAGCCAGGUGGUCAACGAUCCAUCAUCUAAAUUACCUGAAAAUAUCGACGCGACAGAAAACGCGAUUUCUGCUGUAACGAAAAUCUGUAAAUAUAACAGCGGUAAUAUUUCGGUGGACGACAUCAUACCUGUGUGGUUGUCAUGGUUACCUAUCAUAGAGGAUAAAGAAGAGGCACCACACGUGUAUGGCUAUCUAUGUGAUCUUAUACAGAGGUAUGAAAAAUGUUGCUGAAGCUUGUCAUGAAAGAUUUCUCCUAUUAUAUGCCUUAAAUUUAAACCAAAUAAGAUAUGUAUUUAAAGACAUUAUUAAAAGUUAAACUGGCCUAUUAAAAUUACUCGAACGAAGAUCAGUUCGUUCUACCCGUGCGCUAGUGGAAAGAAAUAUGCUAUGUCUAUGUGUUACUCUAUAACAGUUUGAAGUGUUAAACGUGUAUUCAAAAUAUUCGAAAUAACAACCUGGUUACCUACUUACCUGUCUAUUUCGGGUAAUUUUCACAAACGACGCGUAAAAACUGCUUACCUAUCGCCUGCUACAAGUUGAGAAAGUACCUAAACGAACACCUUAUUUUAUGGAGAUUGGAGAGAUGACUAUAAAAACCAUAAAUCUUCAACAGUAGUGAAAACGAUUUUCGAAUACUUCUUCCUUUUGUUAAACGGAGCUUCAAGGUCUCUUAGGUUGAAUAAUGAAGACGAGUAAGAAAUACACAACCUGUCAUGUACAGGUAAAACAUUAGGAAGAUUUCGAACCCUGAUUCAAUUCCAUUAAUAGGUUACUGCGUUAUUACAGUAUGCUGUCCGCAGUUCUUGCUUCCGUCUACAACUAAAAUCUGUAAAAUUUUACGGUUGUUGCCAUCUUUAAUGCCUUUGAUAUGCGUCACGUUUAUGCUCAAGCUUCUCUGAUAAGAAUACAUCUAUCUAAUACGAUGUAUGUAGGAUGUACGAUGAAGUUAAGACUAAAACAUUGAGACUCAUUGCAAGUGUACACAUAAGAAGACUUUCCUCCUUUUUUCUACUUUAGUAAUCAUCCGAUUGUCCUUGGAGAAAAUUACAGUAAUUUUUACAGAGUGCUGGGCAUAUUUGCGGUUGCUUUUAAAUCUGAUGUUUUAACAGACGAUGAUGAAAUAAAACAGAGAAUGAUAGUUAUUCUAAAACAGGCUCAGGUUAGUACUAAUCCAACUUAUAGUUCUUAUCGCACUGGAACCUAAAUCAGUUAUACCUGUAAUAUAGUCGGAAAUCCUUCAUCGCGGGAGAUUCAGGGUGCGGUAAUCCGCAUACUUACGUACGGAAAUACGCCCUGCAAUAUUACGGUCUGGUACUUCUUUUUCUAUACUCAGAGUACCAUAUAGGUAUACGCGGCAACUCGCUAUCUGCGUAUAUUUACAGCAAAUUUUCCAAGGUAUUCAAAGACGUAAUUAAGUAGCUAUAUGUGUAAAUCAUGGCAUGUCUUUGCAUGAACACACUUCGUCAUAAUGAAAAAUAAGUCCGGGUAAUAAAAACACCACGUAGAAACAGCAGCAAUCUUGUUUUUCUGGAACUUCUAAACUUUUCUGGACUAACUAAAUGAAACAAACGUCAUGGGAACAAAAGCAAUAAUGCCAAUAACGUUUCUUUCACUUGCUUAGCCCAGAGAACCGUCAAUGUUCUUCUGCAUCCAAUCCGGGAUGUUUUGUAGAGACUCGACUGUGAUUGUUCGCGUAAUUUUUGCCUCAAAUUCACAAUAAUAAUUAAGGAAUAAUCGAUUAUUAAAUUAAUACAUAAUUAUGACAAUUAAAUGGCUUAAAAAUUAGUUGUAUCGAGGUGAUUAAUCUUGGUUUUUAGGCUUCGCAAGAACUAUGGACAAGCUGUCUAUCAAAGUUGGAUGAAUCACAACAACAGAUACUUAUUAAAGUCGUCAAUGGACAGCUGUAGAUUUCGGCAUAAAGGUAAAAAAAAAAAUCCUGGCACGUGACUGUAACGUCUUACAGGGCUUGGGUGAACAUGGUGCACACGUGAGACGAUAUACAGUAAACAACGAAAAAAUAUGGAUGAUGAACACUAUAGCAUCAGGUCCAUGUAAUAAUAACAAAGCAUGCCCUGUAACACAAUAACACCAACCCGGAUGAGUGUCUAAAUAAGUAUACAUAAAACUGUGAUUGAGUUUUCAUCAGUAGCCACUCCAUGUUGAAUUCUCCAUGCAUUGUGAUCUGUUCAGGGGGCAUGCGUCAUAAUUUUCGGUCAGUUUUAGGCAGCAUAAACUUUUCAGUUUUACUGAAUUUGGCACGGCAGUCAAUUUAAUAGCAUAAUUUAUUUCGCAACAUAAAACGUGUUUGAGUGAAUCUCGAACUAAAUGCAAUAAAUACGACUACCUCGAAUUGCAAGGGGGGACCAGUUUCAACAGCUAGAAUAACAAAAAGCUAGAAAUAACAAAUAAAAUCGAGCACGAUUUUAAUCUUAUUCUUCAUUAUAUGCUGCACGUCCUAAAAUAGUUGAUAACUUAACACAACUUUCAAUUCCGGAUUCUUGCCCAAGCUGAGCACAAUGUAUCGGGGAUUCGAUUGAUCAUAUAGUGAAUUUCACGACUUGUAAUAAAGUUGGUUUUCUCGUUGACGUCACAUCAAACUGCCAAGGCUAUAAAGGUGUCUAUUUUACAUGUUUUGGUUUACAUCACUUAGUAAUCCCUAGUACAAUAUUUGAAUGGAUACAUCAGUAGUAUUACGGACGUGAUACUGCCGCCAUACUCAAUGAUAUUGUGGAUCAUUAUUCCACGUGCAAUUCCCUGCUAGGUGAUUGAUUAACCCUGAUUGCAACCUCUCUCCUCCGCAGAAGCUUACAUGAAGUUUCUAGUGAGGGAAAAGUGAGCGCGCAAGGAGUGAUGGGAAGAGCUAAAUAAAGGAAUCCUCUGCUACUUAAUGCAAUCAAUAUGGCGUCGUAUAUAAUCGUUUGGAGUUCGAUUCGAUAUUAACCUUCGAGGGUUAAACAUGUUUUCCACUUUCCUUUUCAGUCGUACUUGAGUCUCCUGGAAUGAAUCCAAUAUCUUCUUCUGUCCACUUGCACCGAAAAAUAUUGAGAAAUUGCAAAUGAAUAUAAAUGGAUAUGAGCCUCAUAUCAUGAGCUAUCUAAUUAUAAAUAUCCUCUAAAUUGCAACAUUUCGUUAUAAAAAUGACUCUACUGAACUUCGAUACUCAGAUUAUGAAGAUUUAUUUCAAUUUCUUCCACAUUUCUGUCGAUUUCAAGUUUAAAAAAAGGUCAAACAACUGGUUUGGUUCAAAAACCGUACUUCGUUGCAUUAUCUGGCAGAGCCUUUUCUGCUUCUAUUCAAUUUUUCCAUCACACCGCGCGCGCUCACUUUUAUUCCGGAAACUUCAUGUAAGUUAUUUGUAAAUACUUAAGGAGGCUCUGCGGAGGAGAGAGGAUUGCAACCGUAAAACCUCAGGUCUGCACGGCUGAAGCACCUUGACUUCCCAAUCCCUUAAAUCAUCAUUAAAGAAACUGUUCCGAAUUGUGUGCUACUUUAGCGGAAUUUCAUUACCGCAUAUCAAUAUACACAAGUUAGCUCUGUAGCUUCUUACUAUUUUUGUGACAAAAUGGGAAAACCAUCUUUGCAACAAGUUGAACGCCAUUGGUAGAUUAUAUCCACUUGAGUCGAUAAGACUGGCUUCCAUCUUGUCAUGUUUGGUGAUGAGAAAUAGUCUGCAUCUUUCAUGUGUUUUAUAGGAUGUUUGUAAAUCACAUUUUCUUCUAUAACAUCAGCAAUCUUAAAUGAUAUGGUCACAACUACCACGACCUAAUAGAAAGCAAACUUAUGAGCACAUUAACCAGAAAGGCUCGAAAGGAACUGUAUAUACCUCUGAGGCUUAUAAAGACAAAGCAGAAUUAUCUUUCAUAACAGUAAUUUUAACACGUUCUUACUGCUUUGAAUAAAUUAUGACUGACCUAUGACAUGGUGAAAAAAAAUGAGUUUUUUUAAAACCCUUGCGAUUUACCAAUGCUGAUGAGCAAAAACCUGAUAGCUCUGGGUACGAGAUUGGAUAGAGAUUGUACGUAAAUUAAUUAGGCUAAUCUUAUGAUUGAUGAUAUGAUGAGUGCAAAGUAUCAAGUUAUGUGGCAUAAAUCAUUGUCUGCUCAGC